AAAACCCUGCCUGCCGGCAAAUAGGUAAAACUCAAAAACCUCCUCAACCUCUGACGCACGCUCCCAAGCUUUGCAGCUAUGGCGGAAACACAGUACGAGGUCGAUUUGGGCAACCUUACGGCGUUCGACUCUCAACAUCAGUUCGCUUCUCCUCCAUCUUCCAGGGAGGAGAUUGUGAAGGUAGCCAUCGAACAUAGUACGAGGUUAGUGCAAGCAGUUGCCGGUGCCCUUUUCAGUUUGCCGUCAAUGGAGGAUCCCGACGGGCCCAUCGUUAAAUUGCCUGCGCCCAGUACAAAAUUGCCCAGAGAAAAGCCGCUUCCAAAACCUAGGCCUCCGACAAAAUGGGAAAUGUUUGCUCAGAAGAAAGGUAUUCAGAAGAGAAAUAAAGAAAAAUUGGUUUUUGACGACCAAACUGGUACCUGGAAGCGCCGGCAUGGUUACGACCGUGUUAAUGAUGACAAUGACAUUCCAAUCAUCGAGGCCAAGGCCACUGAUGAACCAGGAACAGAUCCUUUUGCCGAGAGACGUAAAGAGAAGAAAAGUAGAGUUGAGAAACAGGAGAAAAAUCGAUUGGCUAACCUGAAACAAGCACAGAAAGUUGGCGCCUUGCCGAGCCAUAUUCAACUUGCAGCCACCUCUUUACCCAUAACUGGAACAAAAGCAAAUCCCAAGAAAGUUAGCAAAGUUGAACUACAAAAUGUUGCUGGUUUGGCGGCAAUUUCAACAGCCAGCGGUGGGAAAUUCGACAAGAAAUUAGACGGAGAAAAGCCCCCAAAGCAUGAGAAGAAGUAUAGGAAGUUUUUGCCAGCUGUUGAAGGGUCGGGAAUGGGUGCCAUGGAAAGGCAGCAAACCGAGAAAGUCUUGAACAAAUUGAUUUCGAAACACUCGCACGAGAUACUCAAUGUGGAAAAGGCUGUGAACAUGUACAAUGUGAAGAAGGAGAAGAAACAGAGAAAGCAAGGAGGACAAUCGUCGACCUCCAGCAAGUUGAAGCCCGGCAAUAAAUCUUUCAAGAAAAAACCGCAAAAACGGUCGUCGACAAAUAAAGGAAAAUCAAAAUGAAGGCAUUAUCUAUGAUGGGUUUAGAUCAUGAAAUUUUUGGACAAAAGAUGUGUUCCUUUCAUGUGGUCUCGUGUUUUUUUUACCUUUUUUUGUUUUUUUGGUUAUUUUCCAUAUUGUAAUUCUGUAUGAGCUUUACCACCUUAAUCUAUUUAUACUUGAAUCUCUGGUUAUAAAUCGCCCAGUAUCUAACAAUUAUGCCCACAGCCAUAUGUAUGGAUAAAAUGGAAGUUUUCAGGUGUUUUAUUUUAUUUUCC